UCAGAGCGCCGAUCCUCCUCCUCCGUGUCGGGAAGGCGUGCGGUUCGCUGCUGUCACACAUCCACUGAACGCUGCUCGCCUUUUAUUCUGUGCCCAACUCCCAGCAGGAUAACACAGCUCUCCGGCGCACAACCCAACAUGGGUUAGGAAGAAAGCCGCCUAUGGAUUAUCCACUUUGAGCACUUCAGCGAGGAUGAUGGGGGGGAGGAAAUGGACUUGUUUUCGCAGAGACAUCCUGACAAAGACGGGGACUGAGAGGGAAUAGGGAUCGGGAUUCGCUGCCUCUCUCCCUCUCUCUCUCUCCGUCUCGCUUUGCAUCUUUGUUGUUUUUUCCUGUUUUGUUUUGUUGUUCUUUUUUGUUUUUGUUUUUUUCCGCGUGGGUGCGAGGCACAGAAAUGUUUGCAGAAUUGCUGUGCGGCGCCGUGGCUCUGGUCCUGUAUGUCAACACUCUGGGCGCCGAUUUCUGCUACGAUGACAGCCGUGCAAUCAAGACUAAUCAGGACCUGCUUCCAGAGACCCCCUGGACAAACAUCUUCUAUGAUGACUUCUGGGGCACCUUACUCACGCACAGUGGCAGCCAUAAGUCUUACCGGCCCCUCUGCACCCUCUCCUUCCGCCUCAACCACGCUGUGGGUGGGCUGGAGCCUUGGGGUUACCACCUGGUUAAUGUGGCCGUCCACGGUGCUGUGACAGGCCUGUUUACCUCCCUAGCUCGCCUGCUGCUUGGAGGAGGCCUGUGGAGCCUGCUGGCCGGCCUGCUCUUCGCUUCUCAUCCCAUCCACACCGAGGCGGUGGCGGGCGUCGUCGGACGGGCUGAUGAAGGUGCCGCCCUGUUCUUCUUGCUGUCCCUGCUGUGCUACAUACGUCACUGUAAGCUGCGGGGCCAGGCUGGGCCCUGGCGGCUCAUGGCCUGGUUCUUGGGCAGCCUGAUCUGUGCUGCAUGCAGCAUGCUGUGGAAGGAGCUCGGAGUGACCGUCCUGGCUAUAUCGGCGCUGUAUGACGUCUGCGUUUUCCACAGGCUCAAAUUGCGACAGGUCAUCAUGCUCCUCUACAAGAGAAAGAACGUCCACCUGCUGCUGAAUGUAUUUUUGCUGGCAGCCUGGGGAGCUGUACUGUUGGCCUGCCGCUUCUACUGGAUGGGUAAUAAACCUCCCAACUUCUCCAACUCCGACAACCCGGCAGCCGACUCACCAUCGCUCCUCACCAGGAUGCUCACCUUUUUCUACCUGCCUGCCGUCAACUUUUGGCUUCUCCUUUGCCCGGAUACACUCAGCUUUGAUUGGUCAAUGGACGCCCUGCCAUUGAUCAGGAGCCUCACUGAUUGGAGGAACUUUCAUACAGUCGCCUUCUACCUUGGAUUGCUCUUGCUUGCUUGGUUCAGCCUGUGGAUGCACCAGACAGCUAAGGGCAAAGACACCAAUGGCAAAGCGCAUCAUUACACCAAUGGCAGAAAUGGAAACAGUAAUGGGCACAGUUACCAAUAUAACAAUCAUGAACAUAUGAACAAUUCCCACACAGACACUCACAUUACUAGUGCACAAAAUGGCACCAAAAAGCACUAUGAGAGCAGGACUCCACUGCCCACCUCUGAAAAUGUUGUGGUGUUCUCUCUUGGCUUGUUGGCUAUCCCUUUCCUCCCUGCCACAAAUCUGUUUUUCUAUGUGGGGUUUGUGAUAGCAGAGAGAGUACUGUACAUCCCCAGCAUGGGCUUUUGCUUGCUGGUUGCAGUGGGGAUGAGGUCUCUGUACAUCCGUCUGCAGCGCAGGUCCUCCAGGGCUAUGUUGGUGUAUUUCAGCGCUGCCCUGGUUCUGCUUUUUGGUGUCAAAACUGUUUUGAGGAACCGGGACUGGCAGAAUGAGGAGAUGCUCUACAAGUCAGGGAUUUAUGUCAAUCCUGCUAAAGCAUGGGGCAACCUUGGAAAUGUCCUGAAGAGCCAGGGCAAGAUGGAGGAGGCUGAACAGGCGUACAGGAAUGCCCUCUAUUACCGCAGCAACAUGGCUGACAUGCUGUAUAACCUGGGUUUGCUGCUACAGGAGAGCAACAAGUUCUCAGAGGCACUCCACUACUAUAAGCUGGCCAUUGGGAGCCGGCCAACUCUGGCUUCGGCCUACUUGAACACAGGCAUCAUCCUGAUGAAUCAGGGUCGCCUAGAUGAGUCCAAGCGCACCUUCCUGACCUGUGCUGAUAUCCCAGAUGAAAACCUGAAGGACCCCCACGCCCACAAGAGCUCAGUCACCAGCUGCUUGUACAACCUGGGCAAACUGCUCCAUGAACAAGGACAUCAGGAGGAGGCCCUCACAGUGUUUAAAGAAGCAAUACAGAAAAUGCCAAGACAAUUUGCACCACAGAGCCUCUACAACAUGAUGGGAGAGGCCUACAUAAGACUGAACAAGCUGACUGAAGCUGAACACUGGUACAGAGAGUCCCUGCGAGCCAAGCCAGACCACAUUCCUGCACACCUCACUUAUGGCAAACUCCUGGCUAUGACAGGGCAGAAAACAGAAGCGGAGAGGUACUUCCUGAAGGCCAUCCAACUCGAUCCCACAAAGGGAAACUGUUACAUGCAUUAUGGUCAGUUUUUGUUGGAAGAGUCGCGGCUGCUGGAAGCGGCCGAGAUGGCAGAAAAAGCUGCGCGCCUCGACAGCGGGGAGUUUGAUGUGGUCUUCAGUGCAGCCCACAUGCUCAGACAAGCCAGCCUAAAUGAGGCAGCCGAGAAGUAUUACGGACAAGCAGCGAGCCUGAGACCCAAUUAUCCCGCUGCCUUGAUGAACCUGGGGGCGAUCCUCCACCUCAACGGGAAGCUGCAAGAAGCUGAAGCCAAUUACCUCCGAGCACUUCAACUGAAACCGGAUGACACCAUCACCCAGUCCAACUUGCGUAAGCUGUGGAACAUCAUGGAGAAACAAGGCCUGAGGACCACGAGCCCCUGAGCUCACCCUGCCCACCUACCUGCCAUCUGUAUACCAGACCUGGGGAAAGGGACGGCCUACACACUCCUCCUUCACUCUUGUCAUCCAGGAGAGAUGGAAGAGACUCAGGGAGGAUGUUUGCUCAGAGAGGCCAUGACUGUGCUGCACAGCCCUCCUAAUAACUCCUGAGCUCUGGAUACACCUCAGGCCAGCAGCUUUCCUCAGAAGCAUUGCUCACACUUUGGCAGGCACUACAUGGUAUUUGGACUCUUUAGAACUUUCUUCAAAAUUAGUGCUCUCACAGGAACCACGCUUUUUGUCUGUUUUUUUUUUUCUCUUUUAUAACUAGAGCACUUGAACUUGAAGUGAGAUAGGUACAUCCUUCAACAUUUGUGAUGAAUUAGGGGUUUUUAAAUAAGCAAUUUUUGUUCAAAGAGGUGAAAUUUAUCCCCUAGCAGUGUAAGAAAAAAUAUAAAAGAGAGAAAAGAAUCUCAGAGCACUGCACUGAGAGUAUUUUCCAUCACCAGUUAAUACAGUUCUCAGUUUGAUCAGAUGUUCUAUCUUGAUAAUGAAGAAAAUAAAGGCUAUAUGAAGAACUGGGUACCAUCCAGAAUCACCAGAUUAAUCACGUAAACCAAGUUUAAAUCACAAAAUUUUCCAUUCCCACCCUCAGUGGGUCACCUUAUUUUGCUAAUGAGAUUACACACACUUCAUAAUGAAGAUGUGAAAAUUAGCACAUCAUUUCAAACCAUUUGUAGCAGAUGUCCUGAUAUUUGGUGAAAACUUGAAAAAGGGAAUUUAAUUUGGUAGCCAUCAUAUCACAACAAUAGCCUCUAAAAGCUCCCUGAAGGCUGUAUUUUGCCGAAUACACUUUGUUUUGACAAGAAACCUCAAAAAGCAAAGGAAAUGUGACUCCUUUCACGUUGUAAUGCCUUAUAAUAAAAGGUGUGAAUCUUCUUUAGCAGUGUACAGUAGCGUAAAGGUGGCAUUUUUACCACUACUGCUUCUUGUUCUGCAAAGAAGCCGAGUCACCAUAGUAACUUGUUUGUUGAGAACAGUAAGAAGCUAUAAAUGGAAAUAUUAAGCUGCCUUCCUGUGGAAGUUACAGACAACAAAGAGGCAGGUACGGUUGUUUUGGUUACACCAUCUCCCUACACGCCUGAAGCUUUCGCAGACGAAUGUGCGGAGCCAAAACAGGUGAAAGAGUUCUUCUAACCAAAUACAAAAGCUAUGCCGAUGCACACCUUUUCAUCACAGAACAAUGCACAGACAUGGCACGUCUGAGGGAAAUGUUUAAAUGCCUAUGUUUUUGUUGGAAUAAAACUAAUUUCAUUGUGUUUGUAUAAAUGAAUCCUAAUAUAUACCUACAUUGUCUAUAGUAUACAGAAAAUCAUGCAGCAAAAAAGUAGCCAGACUUGAAGGUGGAAGCUCAUAUAGUGAGCAAGUUUGGUAUUUCCCACAUCGUCAAAACUCAGUCUUAAGGUCUCAUUUUGUAUAUAUUCUGUGUAAUUAACAUCUAUUUGUUUCUUGUUGUCAGCAUACAGUAAGUGAAAUGGCACCUUCCCAGACAUAAGAAUAUGUACAGUAUGUGUGAUCAUUUGUUGGUUAUUGACCACAAACCUCUUGAAUUAUCUGUCCUUAGUUUAUACAUUGUAAGUUAUUGCUUUGUGUUACCCUAGCAACAGAACCAGCUGGCACUGUGUUUUUACAUGUAAAAUUAAGGAAUCUAGCAGAUAUGACGUCCAAAUACAGUCGAGUGGCCCAUUAUAGAUAAAUACAGAGCUACACCUACAAUGGAGGAUAAAAAUGUUGAAUUAUGUACUUCACUUGUUGCAGUCACAAUGGCAUCAACACUGUUCUGUUUUUGAUUGUGAUGGUCACUAGUGAUGUGUUCAGUAAAAUAAUCCCAGUAAUCACAUUCAUUCCUGCCCCACACCUCACACACCCCAUAGUCAAACAGCGUGCUCAUGUCUCCUGUGUGUAUAUAAAGUGUUUAUGAACAAACACUGAUAAUUAUUAUUGCUUGAGUGAAGAUGUAAGAGAAAAAAAAGUGUUUCACUCUGUGUCUCUGCUCAGGGAUCUCAAGCAGUGGGUUAUUGCAGAAACUUGUUCACAGAGCGUUUACUAAAUUAAAGAUUUAUUUUUGAAAGUUGUUGUAUUUGUAUAAAUUAUGGAGAUUUGUAGCCUUUUUCUCCUUUUUGUAAUAUAAAGAUGAACAAUGUGCCAGAAUAGACUUUUCUUCCCAAUGUUGCUUUUUUUCCACAAUAAAUUUAUGGUGUUCUG